AUGGCUGAUGAAGCUUUUGACCUGCCACUGGCUAAGCGGCAGAAGGUCGUGACGGAGAAGCCCAGCCAUUCACAGGCGCCAGACGGAUCUCGCAUCUUCACCCCCUUCAGAACAUUGGGCCUUGUUUCGUCGACGUCCGUUCCGUUCACCUCGAUUCCGCUAGGCAAGACAACUUUUCAAAUAACAACUUCAGUCGGCCAUUCCCUGCAGACCUAUGAUUUACGACGAGGCCUCAGUCUUGUCUUCUUGACCCGGCCACAGACGCCAGCUCUGAUCACGGCGAUUCAUGCAUGGAAGGACCGUGUGUUUGCUGCCUGGGGUGGCCAGUCCGUGACCCAGCAGCGCGGUGUUUGGGUGUUUAAGCGUGGAAAGAAGGUAGCGGAGCUCGAAAUGCCAGCCAUUGUCCCCGGGUCUGCCGCCCAGUCGGUUGAUCGACUGGUUGUAUUUGGAUCAUGGGUUGUGGGGUGCUGCAGCAACUGUCUUAUCAUAUGGAAAUCGGCGGAUUACUCUCAUUAUACAACCCUUAUUCCCGCAGCCACAAAGGAAUUCACCAAGCUCGUCCCAGAUUCCCUAUGUACCAUGCCCACAUACCUCAACAAGGUUUUUGUUGGACGGUCUGACGGCUGUGUCGAUAUCUGGAAUGUAUCUACUGGAAAAUUGGUGUACUCGGUUCUUCCUACUUUGCCAGGCGCAGGCGCAGUCAGCGCAUUGCAGCCUGCUCCGGCUCUGUCUCUCAUGGCAAUCGCAUAUGCAUCCGGCGCGUUGGUAAUCCAUAAUGUUCGAACGGACAAACCUGUGCUUUGCCUAAAAAAGCCUGGCAUGACGAACAGCUCGCCCAUAACGUCUAUCUCAUUUCGGACGGACGGAAUUGGCGCCGGAGAGGAUGGCCGGAAGGAUGGCGUAAUGGCAACCGCCAGCGCUGACGGCGGCGAUAUCGUCAUGUGGGAUCUGAAUAAUGGUGGUCGUGUCACGGGCGUUGUGAGGAACGCGCAUGAACCAUCUGGGGAAGACCGCGGUGUGCAGAUAAAUAAAGUCGAGUUUUUGCCGGGCCAGCCGGUAAUGGUUUCAACCGGCUCAGACAAUGCCUUACGCACCUGGAUAUUCGACCAGACUCCUUUUUCUCCAACCCCAAGACCGCUGCAUGCCAGGUCCGGCCACUCCGCGCCUAUUACGAAAGUCAUGUUUGUUCCCUCAGGAUCUGAUGGUUCUGAAGUAGUAGGCAAGUGGCUGCUGAGCGCUGGCCAGGAUCGCAGUUUGUUCGGUCUCAGUUUGCGCAAAGAUUCCCAGAGUGCAGAGCUCUCUCAAGGGAAUGUAAAGAGCAAAGCCAAAAAAAUGGGGACAUCAAGUACACCAGCUGGCCAGCAGACUAUCCGUUAUGAGGUAUUGAAAGCUCCUGAAAUAACCUGCCUGGCUUGCUCUCUGAACCGAGAUGGUGGCAUGGGAACGGUCGCUGGAGGGCCCAUAUGGACUAAUGCAAAGGCUGUAAGUGCCGAGAACACAAACAUGACCGGUUGGGAGAGCGUUGUUACUGGGCAUAAGGGUGACAAGUUUGCCCGUACUUGGAUUUGGGGCAAGAAGAAGGCCGGUCGCUGGGCUCUGGAAACUGGCGACGGCACCGAGGUGAAGAGUGUUGCCAUGUCGCAAUGCGGAACGUUUGCGUUGGUUGGCUCUGACGGUGGUUCGCUAGUUAUGUAUAACCUGCAAUCAGGCAUCCGUCGACAAUCAUUCCCACCACGCUUGACACCUGCCCAAGCGAAGAAAGCGAAACUACAACGGCUAGUUGAUGCAGAUGAAAACGAACUUGAUCCAAGGAAAUCUACGAAACAUACUAAGGCUAUUACAGGUAUUGUAGUUGAUAGUUUAAACACUACCGUGAUCAGCUGUGGACUUGAUGGCAAGGUUAAAUUUUGGAGCUUGCUUACAGGCCAGCUUCUGGAUGAGUUGGACUGGAAUCCCAUGUGUGCUAUCACAGGCCUCCGGUUCAGCAGCACUAGUGACCUUCUAGCUCUCAGCUGUGACGAUCUAUCCAUACGUGUAAUUGACACCCAGACCAAAAAGCUAGUCCGUGAACUUUGGGGAUGUGUUGGCCAGGUUAAUGAUUUCACCAUCUCAAAUGAUGGACGCUGGAUUGUUGCUGCCUCUAUGGACUCGGUUAUUCGCGUCUGGGAUUUACCAACUGGCCAUCUGAUUGAUGCAUUUAGGCUGAAGAACACAUGUGUUGCACUCUCGUUCUCAAGCACUGGGGAGUUUCUUGCUACUGCCCAUGCAGAGGGUGUUGGUAUCAAUCUUUGGAACAAUAAGAGCCUGUUUAUUCAUGUUCCAACAAGGCAUAUAGAGGAAGACACGUCUGUAGUGGCUGCAGCUCCAACAGCAUCAGGAGAAGGUGGAGUUGCUAUGAUCGAAGCAGCCUUUGAUGACAAUGGAUCAUCAGACGACCAGAAACCGCUGGUGCUUACCCCUGAACAGCUUUCCCGGGACAUGAUGACUUUGAGUAUGACCCCAAAAACUAGAUGGCAGACUCUCCUGCAUCUUGACACUAUAAAGCAACGAAAUAAGCCCAAGGAAGCUCCAAAAAAACCAAAGAAGGCUCCUUUUUUCCUACCAUCUCUUGAGUCAAAAACUAUAGCUGGUGCAGCAGGUCCAGGCAGCACCUCUGUUGACCAAGAUGAAAACGAGAUGAAGAACCUACAAACAGAACGGAGCCGCAUCGCGCGGAUACAGCGGAUGAAUGGGUCUGGUGAAGGGCAAUCAUCGAAAUUUACAGCUUUGCUCCACUCCGCUGGGCUAGCUGAUAACUUCACACCGUUUAUUGAGUACUUGAAACUGCUCUCCCCGGCAAAUACUGAUCUAGAAAUACGCUCGCUCGACCCAAGAGGCCAAAAUCACCAGGGUAAUGAGUUGGCUCUCUUUGUUCGAGCGCUGACGGAGCGACUCCGACAGAAACGAGACUUCGAGCUGGUCAACACAUGGAUGGCCGUUUUUCUGCGUGUUCAUGACGAUGCUGUCGAAGCGGCUGUUGGGCCGCAGUCGAGUGAUAGCAACGGAGGCCUCUUCGGACCCAAUGUGGCUUUACAGCAGGCUCUGAGUGAGUGGAAGGUUGAGCAGGAGAGCGAAUCUAAGCGUCUAGCUGAUCUGGUCAGCUACUGUCGUGGUAUUGUUGGCUUCUUACGAUCGGCGCGGUAA